AUGGAGUUCCCAGAGAAAAGACAGCGUAGCGACUCCUUGGAGGACCAACCAUCCGACGAAAAUACCGCUUUGUUGAAUUCCAGAGGCUCUUCAAGAUACAAUCAUGCGAAUGAAGAUCUUCCAAAAAAGAACUCGUUCUUUGUUGAAAACUUGGAAUAUACUCCAGAGGAGGAGAAGCAGGUGCUACGGAUAAUCGACCGACGGCUCAUGCCUUGCAUUUUGCUUACGACGUUCGUUCUGAAUAUGGACCGCACGAACAACUCCAACGCCAUCUCAGACAACCUCCCAUUUGAUCUGGGAUUCGACAUAGAUGUGGUCAAUAUUGCAACUGCUAUGCAUUCUGUCUUUUUCGCCAUCGCUUGCCUCACGGGGUCUAUCAUUGCUAAAAUUGUUGGGCCGCAUAAGUGGAUACCCACGUUGAUGUUCUCCUGGGGACUUGUAACUUUAGCCCAUGUUCUUAUUACAGAUAAAUCAGGAUAUCUCACAGUCAUUGCAUUCACCGAAGGGGGUGUUAUUCCGACUACUCUCGUUUAUCUAGGAGGGUUUUACAAAAGUACGGAAUUAGCCACACGUCUUGCUUGGUUCUGGGGAGUGCAGCAUGUAGCGAGCGCUGUGAGUGGGUUAAUGGCCAGCGGGUUGCUGAAGUUACGGGGUUUGGCAGGGCUUGAGGGCUGGAAGUGGUUGUUCUUAGUUGAUGGUAUCAUCACAGUUGUUGUUGCCCUUGGAACCUGGUUUUAUCUACCCCGCGAUCUAACUCGAACGAAAGGUGGUCUGCGCGGCAGAAGCUCUUGGUUAACAUAUCGACAAACACAGAUAGCUAUUACCAGAGUUAUCCGUGACGAUAUAUCAAAGAAAUCAUAUGAAAAAACCGUACAAUGGUCGGAUAUCAAGGACACUUUAACAGACGUUGGGAUCUUGGGACACCUAGUAAUUACCAUGAUCGGUCAAACCCCCAAUACACCCAUGCAUACCUAUCUCCCCACGGUCAUCAAGUCGUUCAACUUCAACGUUUCCGUGGCGAAUGCAUUGACGGCUCCUCCAUACCUGCUACAAGGAAUCUCAAUGGUGCUUGUUAUCCAACACUCUGAUAAAGUACGGGAGCGUGGGUACCAUGGAGCGUUUGGAGCUGGAUGGCAACUUGCUGGUUGGAUUUUCUUGCGAAGCCUUCCAGAUAGUGCGGGAAGGGGGAUCAAAUAUCUCGCUGCUGUCAUUGUGGCGUCGUGGCCAUCUACACAUCCGCUAAAUAUUGCUUGGAUGUCGGAGAAUACAGGAAGUAUUGGCAAGCGUACUGUUGCAUCUGGGUUGGUCAUUGGCGCAUCCAAUAUUUAUGGGGUUUGGGGAUCGCAGAUAUAUCGCGCGGAUGAUGCGCCUUACUUCAAACGAGGAAAUUUAAUCAACAUCGGUUUCGCUGGUACCGCGUUUCUUCUGUGGUUCAUCCAAAAAGGCCUCUACCAAUAUCGCAACGCUCGUAAUGCAGCUAAACUCCGAGCAUUGAGUGAGGCUGAUUUGGCUCGAGAGGAAGAGCUUAGGGUAUCGAAAGGAAACACAAGCCCUCUCUUCAAAUUUACUACUUGA